AUGCACAGCUCUAGACCGGGGAUAAGCAUUCCAUGGCACACGGGCAGAAGGGUAUCGCCGUUACUAGAGGACAGUUACUUCACGCAUGCCACAGGCAUGGGAAUAAGCUCCCGAGUGCUUGAGCUGACUUUUCCACAAUCACGUUCUCAGCAAAUCAACCGCAUCAAGAAAUGGAAAGUACUUGUCCGCACCUAUAGCAUGCGCGUGCUACUACAAUUCUGUCGAGCGGUGUGCGAGAUCAUAGGACUUGAGAUUACUUUUCUGCUCAUUAGAAAUGAAAACGAACGAAUCGUGUUCAAUAACGCGCUUGAAACAUGGGACCCAUUGAAAUUACUUCGAAACGUCGCUAAAGUUGAAUUUCGGGAGGCGACAAGGGACGAAAUACCAGGGUACAUAUUUUAUCAUGGAUCGUGGGACUAUUACCACUGCAGAGGUUUUCUCUCAACGGUAAAUUCUCUUGAAAGACAUGUGGCUUUGUUGAAAGGAUCUUUGCCAUUGAAUUUCACGGAGUCCAUCCUUCUCCAGUAUGAGAGAUUAUUGGCAUAUGCCCAGGCAUUCAAAUGUAAUCCGGAGGUUAGAGCUGAGCUUGACUUGCCUACGGAUAUUAAUGCAAAACUUCCACUUUGGGGGUGUCCAAAUAACGUAUUUCGUGCAAAGAAUCUUCACCGGAUAGAGGAAAACGUCAGUGCUGCCCACACCUGGAUUCCAUGCACCGACAUACGUCAUUUCAGGCGGUUUUGCAAUCAAGCACUGCUCGAGCUAGAGAAGCAAUAUGAAGCUAUCAACCGACAUGCUUUAGAAGUCAACGAAUUCAUCAAACCAGAAGAUAGAUGUGAAGGCUUCUUUGGUCUAGCAGGAUGGAAAGGCAAGAUAAAUCUAACUGGAGCUUACCAUGGGAAAGGUAAAAUUAGUGCAGAUCCGAGAUUGAGUACAAACGAGCAAUACAUCGAAGCCCACCGAGAAUCUUUGAGAGAGGAUUGGUGGGACCGAAGUACAGAGGCACUUUUACUUUUAGAAGAAUAUGCAGAUUCUUUCGUUAAAGAACUUUCUUUUCAAUUGCGUAUUGGAUGUCGCAAGUAUGGUAUCGCUUCAUUGAACAAUCAUCUGCCGAGAGCAAGAUUGCUUGAAAAUCUCAAGGAGGCCUACAAAUAUCGGGCGUACAAUAAUUUUGUCAAUGGUUCAAGGAAGCUGUGGAUGAUAUGGAUGGACAACUGA